CAACGGUCACAACAACUACAGCGGCAGCAAAAUACCCGAAAAGACCUCCUCCUCCGCCGCGGCCAAAAGCAGCAGCUCUCGCUUUGAUCGCUUCAAGGACCGGGACACCGAUGAUGAUGAUGAGGACGAGGACGACGACGACCUGGAGCUGAUGCCGGACGAGAAGAAGGACGAGGAGGAGGAGAUUCAGCGGCGACGACGGCAGCGGCAGGAGCUGCUGAAGCGGCUGCAGACGAGCGGCAGUGGAAAGCCUAAAGAUUCUGCUGCUGCUUUUACCGUCAUCACUUCUGAAGAAAAUACUUCGAAGGCCAAAUCCGAGGACCUCUAUGGGGUCGUCUCCGAGGACACCGGCACCUCCUCGCUGGGAGUUUCUGCGAUCUCCAAAAGCGGUCCAGGCGCUGGAGCACCGCCGCCCACCACCUUCACCUCCAUCCUGAAGACGAACGAGGUGGAGGGCACCACGAAGGUGAUCAUCGGCCCGAAGCACCUGGUGGAGCGGGCGAAGCGGGUCAACCCCGAGCUGAGCGACAUGUUUGAGCAGGCCACUUCGAAGANCGAGGACCUCUAUGGGGUCGUCUCCGAGGACACCGGCACCUCCUCGCUGGGAGUUUCUGCGAUCUCCAAAAGCGGUCCAGGCGCUGGAGCACCGCCGCCCACCACCUUCACCUCCAUCCUGAAGACGAACGAGGUGGAGGGCACCACGAAGGUGAUCAUCGGCCCGAAGCACCUGGUGGAGCGGGCGAAACGGGUCAACCCCGAGCUGAGCGACAUGUUUGAGCAGGCCACUUCGAAGAACUCCUCCUCCUCUUCAAUCGGCAGCCGCCACCUGGACAUGUUUGCCGAUGAGAAGUUUGAGGGUGGCGGUGGGGCGGGCUACGACCUGAGGGCCAAGGAGGACAGUUUGGAGGAUCGAAGAAGGCGGGGAGAUUCCCAUCUGAUUGACAACUGGGACGAUGCGGAGGGGUACUAUCGCAUCCGCAUCGGCGAACUCCUCGACGGCCGCUACUCGGUGUACGGCUUCACCGGGCAGGGCGUCUUCUCCAAUGUGGUGCGGGCGCGGGACAUGCGCAAGGAGCGGGAGGUGAAGGAGUUUAGCAAGGACUCUAAGGAGUCCAAAGAAGCUGCCGCCGGCGGCUCAAAAUCGAGCAACAUGGACGUGGCCAUUAAAAUUAUUAGGAAUAAUGAAAUUAUGCACAAAACCGGCCUGAAGGAGCGCGAGCUGCUGAUGAAGCUGAACGCCGCCGACCCCGAGGACAAGUACCACUGUCUGCGGCUGUUCACCUCCUUCUACCACCGGAACCACCUCUGUCUGGUCUUUGAGUCGCUCAGCAUGAAUCUGAGGGAGGUGCUCAAAAAGUACGGCAAGGACGUGGGGCUGCACAUUGACGCGGUCAACAACAAGAAGACGGUGCUGAAGCUCUGUGACUUUGGCUCCGCCGGCCGCCUCACCGAGUCGGAGAUUGCCCCCUACCUCGUCAGUCGCUUCUACCGGGCGCCGGAGAUUA